AUGAAAAUAUCAGGGGCAAUUAUGCCAUUAAGAGCCCUCAGGAGCAUCACAAGUUAUACUAAUUGCUUUCUUCAAAUAUCUACGCCAUCGUUCAAAUUAGAACCCUUACCAUCGAGUUUGCAUGAAUCUAUAACCGUUGGCUGUGAUAUCUGUGACGUGGAGACGUUUCAGGAUGGCUCAUUCUCGUGUAAUCACGGACGGAAGGAAUGUGAUGCAAAUCGUCUACAAUCAUGUGUCAUUGACGUCUUGAAGGUCAGCCAAUUUGAUUUCCCUUUCAGGAGUCAUCCUCAUAACCAUCAAUUCCAGUCAUCUGGAGCCUUACCAUUCAUCGUAUGCUUCGAACGAAUCAUCCAUCAUAGUACGGUUGAUCAAGCAAUGCAUGCCUGUUCAGCAUUCAUUCGAAAUCAGUACCGACAAAUCAGGUACUGUUUCGACGGUGAGCGAGGAAUCCAACUGCAACGUUCUGCUGCACAUAAGACAAUGAGCACCAAGCCGCAUCCGAUUUUAGAGGUACCGUAUCUUCUGAUCAACGACUACACGCCUUCAGUCGACAAUAACAAUUUGAAUGUAAUGCUUCUCCCACAAUUGUUAAACAAGUGGUUCAAGUUAUAUUCAUGA